GAUUUGUAAUAUUUGUAAGAAAAGGGCAAGCCCUGUCCAUCGCCUUCGUUCCCAAAUCAGCUCUAAUAAACAGCCGGUGACUGAACCCUAAUUCAAUCACAGUUUUGCUGAGAAUUGACAGAAUUUGUGAAAUAUGAUGCCGUUGAGAACUUCUUCCUCUCCAAUUUCAACAAACAGGUUUUCCUUUCAGCAAUCCCUCAAUCCCAUACCUGCAAAAUCUGCAUUUUUAAGGACUAUGACGCAGAAGGAACUUUCAAUCUUUUCCAUCAAAGCUCAGCAGCCGGAGUUGAAGGAUGGAAGGGCUGCGGUUUCUGCCCCCGAAGUGUCUGAUGGUGAUGCUCUUAAAGUAAAAGAAUGGGAAGUUGGGAUGUUCCAGAAUGAAAUUGCGGCGAGUCAAGGUAUAAGAAUUCGGAGGAGACCGCCGACGGGACCUCCUCUACAUUAUGUAGGUCCAUUUGAAUUUCGGAUACAGAGUGAGGGCAAUACACCUUGCAAUAUUCUCGAAGAAAUUGUAUGGCACAAGGACAUGGAAGUUUCUCAGAUGAAAGAGAAAAAGCCGCUUGCAAUGCUGAAAAAAAUGCUCGAUAACGCUCCUCCUGCUAGAGAUUUUAUCGGAGCUUUGAAGGCAGCGAAUUCAAAGACGGGGUUACCUGGUUUAAUUGCUGAAGUGAAAAAGGCUUCUCCGAGUAGGGGAGUUCUGAGAGAGGAUUUCGACCCAGUUGAAAUUGCUAAAGCUUAUGAAAGAGGCGGGGCAGCAUGCCUUAGCGUUUUGACUGAUGAAAAAUUUUUCAAGGGUGGAUUUCAAAAUUUAGAGGCCAUAAGAAAUUCUGGGGUGAAGUGCCCUCUCUUGUGUAAAGAAUUUGUUAUAGAUGCUUGGCAAAUCUAUUAUGCUCGAGUCAAUGGCGCAGAUGCAAUUCUGUUAAUUGCUGCAGUUUUGCCGGACCUCGACAUCAAGUACAUGAUUAAGAUAUGCAAACUGCUCGGUUUGGCGGCACUUGUCGAGGUACAUGAUGAGAGAGAGAUGGAUCGUGUCCUAGCAAUAGAUGGAGUCGAACUAGUCGGCAUCAAUAAUCGUGACCUUGAAACCUUUAAAGUUGAUCUUAGCAACACCAAAAGGCUUCUCGAAGGAGAACGCGGGCAAAGAGCACGCGAGAAAGGCAUUACGGUGGUCGGGGAGUCUGCCCUUUUCACUCCUGCCGAUAUUGCGUAUGUUCAAGAAGCUGGUGUUAAAGCGGUACUGGUCGGCGAGUCGAUUGUUAAGCAGAAAGAUCCAGCUGAGGGGAUAAGGCAGCUGUUUGGUAGAGAUAUUUCGACAUAAAAAUCUACUUGGUGUAGCUUCAGGUUCUGCGGAAUUUCGAUGCGAGGUUCUUCUUACAUUUGACCUAUGCAGAAUCAAAGAUACACAGGUUUUUGUUUUCAUACAUUAUAUAUAUAUAUAUAUUUUGAUCGGAUUCAUACAUUAUAUUUUCCAUACGUGGUUUUUGUUUGGUGCUAUGAUGUUUGAGUCCCAUGUAGCUUCUUCGACAUUUUCUGUCUUGAUGUAAAAUUAAGGGACAAUAAUAUUGUUACUAUUAUGGAAUAGUCGGUAUAUAAGAAUGUAUUUAAGUGAAAGGUCAA